AUGUUGUUCACUGCCAGCUGGCCAGGAGGACCAUUCAGUCUUCCACCCUCAUUAAUUGGGAAUCCUCCCAAACUCGGCAGAAUACUAGGGGCAUCUGACCUAAGGUUCGUUUGUCAGGCGAAAUUCUGGCUCACAUGGAUCAUGGAUCACGGAGUCCUCCAUGCACCAUUUCACCUACCUCCUAGGAUGAAGGACACGGUGAUGGAUAUCAUCCUUGGACAUGGUGAUGGAUAUCAUCCUUGCACAUGGAUCAUGGAUCACAGAGUCCUCCAUGCACCAUUUCACCUACCUCCUAGGAUGAAGGACACAGUGAUGGAUAUCAUCCUUGGUGUGUUCCUCACCCUUGCUAUCAUUAGGCUUGCGACACAUUGUUCGGCAUUCAACCCUGGUCAAAAUGCACCCUCGAACGUGCUGGCCUAG